AUUACCGGAAGUGGGUGGCGACACGUAGUGUAAAGUCAACAGAAGCCAUCGCGAGUCAGCCACUACAUUUCCUUUUUAUUCCGCCUGCAAAAUGGAGGAGGAAAACCAGCAAGAGUUGGCAAAGAAGAAGCGUACUUUCCGCAAGUACACUUACAGAGGGGUUGAUUUGGAUCAACUCCUUGACAUGACUAGCAACCAGCUGAUGGAGCUGAUGCACUGCCGAGCCCGCAGGCGAUACGCCCGGGGCCUCAAGCGUAAGCCACUGGCGCUUAUCAAGAAACUGCGGCGGGCAAAGAAAGAAUGUGGACCCCUGGAAAAGCCGGAAGUUGUAAAGACCCACCUGCGCGACAUGUUGGUCGUACCCGAAAUGGUUGGCUCCAUUGUCGGAGUGUACAACGGAAAAGCAUUCAACCAGGUUGAAAUCAAGCCCGAGAUGAUCGGCCAUUACCUGGGUGAGUUCAGCAUCACGUACAAGCCUGUCAAGCACGGACGACCCGGUAUUGGUGCCACUCACUCAUCUCGGUUUAUUCCUCUCAAGUAAAAUAAAGGUCCCGUUUUCCAUUGGA